CACUUCUUGCUUUAGACUCGCUACCCCAUCAAUUUUCUAUCCCUAAGAAACUACACCAAUGAGAUCCGCUUUUGGGCAUCAUUCACACUCUAUUCCCCUUUUCUUCCUUUCCCCUGUCAUCUUCAUACCAUCACCCCAUUGUAUUACUUUCCAUGCAGUUCAAAGUUCUAAGCUUUCCCACUUCACAAGUACAAUAAAACAUGGCAUGCUUGAGGCUUGGCUCUAAAUCUGAAGCUUUUCACCGUGAAGGCCAUUCUUGAUAUCAAUAAUAGUUUUAUGGAUAUGAAUCAAGCUUCCUUCUCCUUCAGGACUUGCACCACCGGACUUCAAAGUGAUGUUACCAUUGAAGUUGGAGACAUGUUUUUCCAUCUCCACAAGUUUCCAUUGAUUUCAAGAAGUGGGCUACUGGAGAAGCUUAUAGAAGAUUCUUCCAGUGAGAGUGGAUCAAUUUGCGUUUUGAAACUAGUUAACAUACCUGGUGGAGCUAAAGCAUUUGAGCUAGUAACCAAAUUUUGCUAUGGUGUUAAAAUAGAACUCACUGCUUUAAAUGUGGUCGGUCUUAGAUGUGCAGCAGAAUACCUGCAGAUGACUGAAACAUAUGGAGAAGGAAAUCUCAAUUCAAAAACAGAGGCAUUCCUUAAUGAAGUGUUUAGCCAUUGGACAGACACAAUAAAAGCUCUUGAAACAUGUGAGGAAGUUCUGCCAUAUGCUGAAGAGCUUCAUGUUGUCUCAAGGUGCAUUGAAUCCUUAGCAAUGAAAGCUUGUGCAGACCCAAGCUUAUUCAACUGGUCUUUGUCAGGAAAUGAAAGCAAGCAGAGCCCCGAGAAUGCUGAGCUAUGGAAUGGAAUAUCAACUGAAAUGAAGAAACAACCUAGUGGUGAGGAUUGGUGGCAUGCGGAUGUAUCAUUCCUUAGCCUACCUCUAUAUAAGCGGCUGAUUUUAGCUCUUGAAUCCAGAGGCAUGAAACCUGAAGGUAUAGCUGCAUCCCUUAUACACUAUGCUAAGAGGUAUCUGCCCUUGAUGAAUAGACAAUCUAGCUUCGAUGAUGCAAACCAUAACAACUCAGGGAUGGCUAUUUCAAAUCCUUCUGAGGCAGAUCAAAGGGCUCUCCUUGAACAGAUUGUAGAGUUACUUCCUAAUAAAAAAGGAGUCACUUCCACCAAAUUUUUGCUUAGGCUGCUUCGUACUGCUAUGGUAUUGCAUGCAAGUCCUUUGUGCAGAGAAUGUUUGGAGAAGAGGGUGGGAGCCCAGUUGGACCAAGCUUCACUUGUGGAUCUUCUCAUACCAAAUAUGGGUUACUCAGAGACACUUUAUGAUAUAGAUUGCAUUCAGAGGAUCCUUGAUCACUUCUUGUCUAUAGAGCAGGCUACAUCUCUAGCACCUUCACCUUGCAUAGUUGAAGAGGGGCAGUUGAUGAAUGGAUCUGAUUCACUGACGCCCAUGACAAUGGUUGCCACUAUUAUGGAUGGUUAUCUAGCUGAGGUGGCCCCAGAUGUUAAUUUUAAGCUCCCCAAUUUUGAGUCUCUUGCUGCUGCAAUUCCUGAUUAUGCUAGACCGCUUGAUGAUGGUCUUUAUCAUGCAAUAGAUGUUUACUUAAAGGCACAUCCCUGGAUAACAGAUUCUGAGAGAGAACAGCUCUGCAGACUUAUGAACUGCCAGAAGCUAUCUCUGGAAGCCAGCACGCAUGCAGCCCAGAAUGAGAGGCUACCUCUUCGAGUAAUUGUCCAAGUCCUCUUCUUUGAGCAACUACGUCUUCGGACAUCAGUUUCUGGCUGGUUCUUUGUCUCAGAAAAUCUUGAUAACUCUCAAAAUCUCGGUGGCAACCUUGGGCUUCUCAAGAAUGAUGUGUCUCAUCAAAUGAAUCCUGCUAAAGAUCAUGUUAUGGUUGUUGAGGACAUCAAGCAACGUGUCUUGGAUCUUGAAAUGGAGUGCUCGAACAUGAAAGAAGAGCUGCAGAAGCUGGUGAAGUCGAAGAGCAGUUGGAAAAUUUUUGCCAAAAAGUUUGGCUUCAGAAAGAAAUCACACCCAUGCUGUCCAAAAGCAUCAAAGUCUGAUGGCAUAAAGGUACCGACAUCUUCUGUCAACGGACAACAAAAUUGUGGAAAUGGCGAGGUGAAUUGUGAUACUUUGAAAAUCAAUUAACUGGAUUCUUGUUUCACUUUGUAUUUCAAGUUUCAACCAUAUAUGUUUGCUUUUAAUGUUGAAUGCAUCGAAUUUUGAUUCUUUUUUGCACAUUGUUGAAUGAUUACAUUGCAUGAAUGAGGUCUGAUAAUCUCAUGUAGACCUCAAAAGAAUCUAAAACAAACAAUUAGAAUUCUG